GAUGGGACUAACCUCCUUGGAUGGGACACGCUUCAAGUUUUCGAAGACGUCUGCGUCACCGUCCGCUGUUGACCCUGGCAAUCUUUCUGGCCAUAUUUCUUUUCUUUUUUUUUUCAGAAAGAAAGCUACGUUUUCUACUUUUACAACAUAAAAUUGACCCGUGAAAUAGACCUUUGAUGAAAACUAGAUCGUUACGUGCAGGCGCCGAAAUUUUCCGCAACAGAAAGUUAUCAGAUAGGUGAGAAUUAUCCAAUCCAAUCCAAGGUUUGUAUCGCCGCUCAGGUCGCACAUGUGCUUUGGCCAUUAGUGUGCGGCAGCGAUCAUCGACUUGUUUUAAUUAUACUAUAAUUUUCCUUUUUAGUCUCUGCCGACUUCCAUUCGUGUCACAGUGAAUGCGGUGAAUGUACGAGACGGGCGUUAUGUCGUAAAAGCGCACGAAUGGUGUAGAGUGGUUACAAUGUGUGCAACACCAAGGUCACUUGCUUCGCAACUGCAGGUUGGGUUCAAACCAAAUGGGCUGCUGUUUUGACGGCACAAACUGCCGUUGUUUCGUUAACCGUGGCUACGCUGGUGAGGUCGAAACGUGAGCACCCCGUCUUUUUCAUUCACCCGUGACCGCUUUCUAGCCAUGUCGAGGCACCUGCAGAAGUUGAUGCGCCUGUCCGGCCACUGCCGUGCUCUGCUCCGCCAACACCCAUCUACAGUCGUGCAAAAACUGGACACCCCAAUGCUCGCCGUGAGUUCGAGACUGUCAGUGCGCAACCUAAACAUCGCCGAUCGUCCAAAGCACGGCUCGUCCGUCGACACGUCUCCAGGGUCCGAGGUCGAGAUGAGCGUGGACGACUUCGAGGAACUCGCCACAUCGGAAGAGAACCGCAAAAAGAUCCACCUGAUCCUGCUCGAGUACGUCAACAGCCGAGACACGGUCGGCCGCGUGCCAUCGAAACUCACCGUCAAGGAGAUGACCGAACUCUUGGCACUACGCUCGACGAUGGCUCGCUCCCGCUACUUCAACUACCUGUUCAAGACCGAGAUGGCGGAGCUGGCGGCCAAACGGCUUAGGGAGCGCCGCCGUCUCGAGCGCGAAGCCGCGAAAGAGGAAAAACGGAAACGCGCUUUAGAGGACGGCACCAUCAACCACAUCCAGUACGGCCCCGAGAACACCAUCUUCCUGUUCAUCCGCGACCCCUCCAUGUCGCGCUUCUACAACUACCGCCAGAUGUACUCCGCCAUGUUUGGACAGACGCUUGUUUACGACCUUGACUACGAGAGCGAGAUGACGAAGCGGGAGAUCGUGAACGCCGCCGACCAACUGCAGGAGGCGUACGCAGCCAACCGCACUCACCCGGACCCGUUCAACCUUGUCUUCUGCAACGUCGAGGAGGGCGGCCAGUACAAGAGGAAGCUGCUGGGCGCGCUGCCGCACCUGGAGCAGCCCAACUGCCUGAUCACGACGACGGAGAAGAGCUACCUGGACCUGUACCCCAGAGAGCGGCUGGUAUACCUGACCCCUGACGCGAAGCAGACGCUGUCGUACGACCACGACGCCAUCUACAUCGUCGGAGCCCUUGUGGACAAGAGCACCCAAAAGCCUCUCUCCUUGGCCAAGGCGAAGCGGGAUGGCAUCAGGGUUGCAAAGCUGCCUCUCGAAAACUACCUCCAGUGGGGAAAAUCCUCAUCCAAGACGCUGACAUUGAACGCGCUGAUGAACAUCCUCCUGGAGAUGAAGACUACAGGGGACUGGACGAAGGCGUUCAACUUCGUCCCUCGGCGGAAGCUGAAGAGCGAGCAGGAGCUCCAAGCCGAGGCCGAGCUUGCCGCAAAGAAAGAGGCCCAGAAGAAGAGGGUCUUACGAAGACUGCCUCCGGAUUGGUAAUUGCAGCAGGGUCGUCGUGCUCGCCCUAAAAUUGUACCUCACUAGCAGAGAACGUACCUCUUGCCUGGCCAAGUUACCACACCGUGCAUUCACGUGCACUUUGAAUUCUGUGUUGCGUGCAGUUACCCGACCUCUGCAUUGCAACGACCCUAAGAUGUCUCUGUUCCAUUAAAUUGUCGUCGGCUAGUC